AUGACGGGUGUACACCUCCACCUGGCUGCCCCGCCCCCCAAGUUCCCCCAGUUCCUCCAGCGCCCCCGGCCCCAGCAGCUCCCCCCACCCCCCCAGCUCCGCCCCCAGCCCCCCCAGUUCCCCAGUUCCUCCAGCGCCCCCGGCCCCAGCAGCUCCCCCCACCCCCCCAGCUCCGCCCCCAGCCCCCCCAGUUCCCCCAGUUCCCCAAGCCCCUCUGGCCCCAGCAGCUCCCCCCACCCCCCCAGCUCCGCCCCCAGCCCCCCCAGUUCCCCCCUCCCCCCCUGCUCUGCUCACCUGACGGAGGUGCGCUCCACCCCCCGCUCCGUGGUGGUGCAGAUCUCCUCCAGCGGCAGCGGCUGUGGCUUCCAGCUGCUGAGCCCCGCAGAGCCGCAGACAGCCCGCUGCCAGCAGGGGGCGCUCUCCCAGUCCCUGCUGUGUGAAGUCGGGGGACUGCAGCCUGGAACUCAGUACUGGAUCACAGCGGUCUCCAGGAGGGACCAGCACAGGACCAGCAGCUCCGUGAGAACAGACCCGGUCAGUCCGGUUCUCCUGGAGGCUCAGCUGGAUCAGAGCCAGCCUGCAGGUCUCCGGGUGUCCUGGUGUCCCUCUGAGGGUCAUGUGGACUGGUACCACGUCCGUCUCCAUGACAACAGGACCGGGUCUUCUGUCAGCAGGAGGAUUGUGGGUUCUGUCGUCCAGACCACAUUCAGCUCCCUUCAGCCCGGAACCCUGUACACUGUCAGUGUGGCGGCUUCAUCAGGGGACAAGACGUCCAGUCCGGUCCAGACCACCACGGCCACAGCUCCUCCAGCGGUGGCGGGCCUGCGGGUGUCCUCGUCCCGGGACAGCGCCUCCCUGUGGUGGCGGGUGGAGGCGGGCCGGGUGGAGCGGCUGUGGGUGGAGCUGUGGGACGAGGACGGGUCUCUGCUGAGGAACGUCUCCGUCCAGAACUCCACCUCCUCCAUGCAGCUGGACGUCCUGCGGCCGGGGACGCGCUACAGCGUCACCGUGGCAACAGAGGCCUUCGGCCGGAGGAGCUCCGCCUCCACUCAGCUGCUCACAGUCCCUGGCCCCGUGUCGGAGCUUGUCCUGCUCAGUGAGAGCUCUCAGCGUCUCGGAGCGUCCUGGACUCCGCCCGCCGGGGGGGUGGAGGAGUACCAGCUGACCCUGUGGGCCUCAGGCUCCUCCCCCCAGCAGCGCCGGGUCCCGCCCAACGUCACCCGGGCGGCGUUCGACGGUCUGACGCCCGGACGGCGGUACCAGCUGACGGUGAGGACCUGGACGGGAGGACUCGGCUCGGACAGCAGCGUGUGGGGGAGGACAGUCCCGGCGCCGCCGUCCGGCCUGUCCAUGGUGGCGGACGGCGGCGGGCUGCGUCUCAGCUGGACGGCGCCGGCGGGCGAGUGGGACGGCUACGGCGUGGUCCUGAGGGACGGGACGCGGGUCCUGGUGAACCAGAGCCUGGGACGGAUGGAGACGCGGCUCCUGUUCCCCGGCGCCGGCCUGGACCUGGUCCCGGGCCGGGUCUACACCGCCGAGGUCUCCGCCCACAGCGGGACGCUGGGAAGCUCGGCCCGCUGCGCCGGACGCGUCGCCCCCGCCGCCGUGCAGCUGCUCCCCCUGCAGGCCGACCCGGCGUCUCUGACGGUCCGGUGGAGGACGCCCCCGGGCCAGUGGGACGGGCUCACCGUGCAGCUGCGGGACGCCGAGGACGAGGCCCCGCCCACUCAGAGGACCGUCCACAGGGAGGCGGUGGACUGCACCUUCACCGGCCUCACCCCGGGACGCCGCUACACCGUCACCGUGACGACCAGCAGCGGCAACCUCAGCGCCUCCACCUCGGCCUGGACCUGGACCGCUCCGGCCGCCGUCUCGCGGCUGCGGGUAUCGAACCGGGGCACCACCGACAGUCUCCUGGCCCAGUGGGACGCGGCGCCGGGGGACCGGGACUGGUACCAGGUCCUGCUGGUCUCCGACAGCAGCGUCAUCAAGAACCAGAGCGUGGAGACGGACGCCGUCGCCUUCUCCGCCCUCCGGCCCGGAGCCGCGUACCGGGUGGUGGUGACCACCGUCAGGGCGGGGCUCCGCUCCAGGCAGGCGGUGGAGGACGGACGUACCGUUCCGGCUGCAGUGUGUGACGUGAGCGUCAGUAAUAACGGGCGCAGUGACUUCCUGACGGUGUCGUGGCGCCCCCCGCUGGGCGAGGUGGACCGGUACCUGGUGACGCUGAGCGAGCCGGACCGCCCGCUGCACUCCGUGGUGGUCUCCAAGUCCAACCCCGGCUGCGUCUUCAAGUCCCUGGUGCCUGGACGGCUCUACAACGUGUCCAUCAGCAGCUGCAGUGGACAGUUCCAGAACCAGACCCUGACCCAGGAGAGGACCCAGCCGGCGGCGGUCCAGGGUCUCACGGCGUCCCACGCGGCUCAGGACGGCUUCCUGAAGGUGUCUUGGCGGCCGGCGGCCGGGGACCUGGACUCGUACCGGGUGUUGGUCCAACACAACAACGAGCCGCUGCACAACCGCAGCGUCGCCGCCGCCUCCAGCGGCUGCUCCUUCUCCGGCCUGGUCCCCGGCCGGCUCUACACCGUGACGGUCCGGACCCGGUCCGGGCGCUACGGCGCCGCCGCCGCCACGCACGGCCGCACCCUGCCGGCGCCGGUGCGGUCCCUGGCGGCGGAGGCGCGGGGCCCCGAGGCGCUGGGGGUGCGGUGGGCGGCGGCCCCGGGGGACCUGGACCACUACGAGGUGCAGCUGCUGUUCCGGGACCUGAAGGUGUUUCCUCCCGUCACGCUGGGCGCCGAGCGGGACGGCUGUGUCCUCACGGCGCUGACGCCCGGACGCCUGUACCGCGUCCUGGUGACCACCUGCAGCGGACGGUACCAGGCGGCCCGGCACACCCAGGCCCGCACCGCUCCCAGCCAGGUCAGGAACCUGCGGGUGAGUCCCGGCGGAGACGGCGGCGGCCUGACGGUGAGCUGGACUCCGGGAGGAGGAGACGUGGACGGGUUCUGGGUGUCCCUGUCCCAGCGGGGCCGUCCCCUCAGCUCCCGGUCCGUCCCCAGAGACCAGCACCAGGCGGCGUUCGGCUCCCUGCAGCCCGGAGCGCAGUACGAGGCCACGGUGACCACGGAGAGCGGCGAGCUGCGCAGCAGCCAGAGCGCCGCCGCACGCACCGUCCCUGCGGUGGUGACGGGUCUUCAGGUGGACUCGCUGGUCUGGUCCUGCGGCCUGCAGGUCAGCUGGCAGGAAGCGGUGGGCGUGGCCGACUCCUACUUCCUGCAGGUGCUGGACGGCCGCGGCGUUCCGGUGGCCAACGCCUCACGGCCCAUUGGACUCGGGUCUCACCGGUUUGACGGCCUGACCCCGGGGAGGAGGUACCGGGUCCUGGUCCAGACCAGCAGCGGGGGCGUCCAGAGUCCAGCAGUCAGCACAGAGACUCGAACACGUCCGGCGGCCGUCACCGACCUGUCGGUCGGAGAGAACAGCACCUGCAGCCUGACGUUCCGCUGGUCGCCCCCUGCUGGAGACUUCACUCACUGCGAGGCGGUCCUGUACGGCGCCGACGACACGCUGCAGGAGCGCCGCCGCGUCCGGCCCGGCGGCCGGCAGGCGUCCUUCCAGGGCCUGAGAGCCGGCGCCCCCUACAGGGUGGAGGUCCUGAUUCACAGCGGGGAUCUCACCAACCAGACCUCCAUGUGGGCCCGCACAGUACCAGCUGCUGUGGUGUCCCUUCGGGUUCAGGGUGGCAGCAGCCCCGAUGCUUUGUGGGUAAGCUGGACCGGAGGUGGUGGAGAGGUGAGCGGGUACCUGCUGUCCCUCGUCCAAUCGGAUGGCUCGGUGGAGGCGGAGCAGCGUCUGGGCCCUGAGGCCUCCGAGUUCACCUUCUCGGGUCUGGUUCCUGGACGCCUGUACACCGCCGAGGUGCUGAGCCUGAGCGGAGAGCAGAGGAACCGGGCGUCCAGCAGGGGGCGCACCGCGCCCCGCCCCCCCACCGCCUUCCUGUUCAGGGGAGUCACCAACACGUCCCUGGAGGUCUCGUGGAGCGGCCCGCUGGACUCGGACUAUGACGACUUUCGACUACGGUGGACCCCCGAGGACCAGCUGUCUGUCAUCAACCCGUACCACAGCCGCACGGCGGGCAGCCGCAUCCUGACGGGCCUGUUCCCCGGACGCCGCUACACCUUCAGCCUGUGCACCGUCAGCGGCGCCACGGAGCCUGGGACCAGUCCCAGCUUCAGCACGGCCAUACACAGCAGCAUCCGCACCAAGCCGGAGAGGGUCGUUGGCCUCCACUGUCGCCCUCAGAGCUCCACCUCUAUCUCCUGCUCCUGGGGACCUCCACUGGCUGAUUUCGACUCAUUCACCAUCGAGUGCCUCCACCAGGAUUCAGAGACUCUGGUCUACUCCAGACGCACCGCCCGGGACUCCACCAGCUACGUCAUCACGCAGCUGGAGCCCCACAAACGCUACACCGUCUCCAUGAAGGUCAUCUCCGAUGGAAUGACCAGCGACGAGGUGCAGGACAGCGUCAUCACCAUGAUCGACCGCCCCCCUGUGCCAGACCUCAGCACCCGGGUGGGGGAGCAGGUGGAGGUGUCCCGGUCCUCCAUCACCUUCAGCUUCAACUGCAGCUGGUUCAGCGACGUCAACGGGGCGGUGCGCUUCUUCACUGUGGUGGUGAUGGAGUCUGCAGAUGUGAAGGAGGCCCAGCCAGACCAGCACCACCCGCUGCCCUCCUACCAGGACUACAGCUCCAACCGCUCCGUCAGGUCCUACCAGACCGCCUACUUCCCCAGCCGCUGCCCCGACCGCCCCGGCAGCAGCGUCAGCGUCCGACUGGGGACCGGCAUGGACGCCCUGGGGGGCUCCUGUGACAACCAGGACCAGGGCCAGGAUCAGGACCAGGACCAGGUCCAGCCCCCCGAAGCCAGCAGGGUCUGGGACUACUGUGACGGACCCCUGAAGCCAAGGACUGCCUACAGGCUCAGCAUCAGAGCUUUCACUCAGCUGUUCGAUGACUCGAAGGACUUAAAAGAAUCUUCUCUGUUCACCGACACGUUCCUGUCUCCGCCCAUCACCACCCAGCCAGAGAGUCUGCCUGGUUUCAUGGAGGGUCUCAGCGCUGGAGUCUUCCUCAUCACCGUCCUGGUUCUGGUUUCAGCUCUGCUCGUCUGCAGACACAGAGCUCACAAAGUGGUGGAGACGCGUCCAGUGUUGGGAAUGAGUGUGAGACAGGAAAGAGUGACAGCAGGAGUAAGAGGCAACCGACGGAUCUCCAGUCCAAUCAGGAGUGUGAAUUUCGAGAAUCAUUUGAACAACCUGCAGGCCGACUCACACUUCCUGCUGUCAGAGGAGUACGAGGACCUGAAGGAUGUGGGUCGCUGUCAGACUCUGGACGCUGCUCUGCUGCCAGAGAACCGCGGGAAAAAUCGCUACAACAACAUCCUGCCCUAUGACUCCACCAGAGUGAAGUUGUCCUACGUGGAUGAUGAUCCUUGUUCAGACUACAUCAACGCAAGCUACAUCCCCGGCGAGCGCUUCAGGCGGGAGUACGUCGCGGCCCAGGGCCCGCUGCCCGGCACCAAGGACGACUUCUGGAAGCUGGUCUGGGAGCAGAACGUCCAGAACCUGGUGAUGGUGACGCAGUGUGUGGAGAAGGGCCGGGUGAAGUGCGAUCACUACUGGCCCCCGGACCAGGACCCCCUGUACUACGGAGACCUGGUGGUCCACAUGCUGUCGGAGUCGGUUCUGCCUGAGUGGACCAUCCGGGAGUUCAACAUCUGCAGUGAGGACCAGCUGGGUCUCCGUCGUCUGGUCCGACAGUUCCACUACACGGUCUGGCCAGACCACGGCGUUCCAGAAACCACACAGUCCCUGAUCCAGUUUGUCCGAACCGUCCGGGACUACGUGAACCGGUGUCCAGGAUCUGGGCCCACCGUGGUCCACUGCAGUGCCGGGGUGGGCCGGACUGGGACCUUCAUCGUCCUGGACCGGGUCCUGCAGCAGCUGGACUCCAGCGACACGUUGGACAUCUACGGCUCGGUGUUCGACCUGCGGCUCCACCGCUCGCACAUGGUGCAGACCCAGGGUCAGUACCUCUUCAUCCACCAGUGUGUCCGGGACGUCCUGCGGGCCCGGAAGCUGCGCUGUGAGCAGGAACAGCUCGUCCACCUCAGACCGUGACGUCCCCCCGAGAUGCUGUGACACCACAGCGCCCUCUACUGAGCCCCCUACUGAGCCCCCUACUGAGGCCCCUACUGAGCCCC